AUGGCAUCGACCCACACACUCAACGGUUCUCUGCAUCCUUUUGCAAACUUGCUCUUCCUUCCCGCUGCUGUUGUAGUGUCAGUUUGGGUCGUCACCACCAUUGCAAAGAGAUGGAUGCGCAGUCGCAAACAGCACUCGCAGCCCCUCAAGGCUGAAGUUGUGCAGCCUGAGAAGGCGCCGGUGAUCGAGCCGUUACACGAUUUCGACUGGAAGACUGCACCCAGACGGCAAUUACGCCCGUUCAAACCGACUUACCACAUCACUAUGGCUAUCCGAGCAGAUACUCCAUCAGAGCUCAUCACCAUCGACGAGGAUUACCUCGAUCGCAUCACCCGCAGACGAAGCAUUAUCGCUACCCAUGGAGCCACGGUUCACGGUAGCACUCCCGAAGGCGAUGCUGCUGUACGCGAACUAUACACCUUUCUCUUGACUGAACAGCUCCCCAAGCGCUUCCCAACUAUCUUCCAACUCUCAAACGACAACUCUAGUUGCGAGAACCUUGUUACAGGGAUGACUUUCCCAACAAUACCUGAUGGUAACAUGGAUGCUGCGCUACGUGUACUUGGCGAAACCAUCGAGGAAGACUUCUUUCUCCUACAACAGACACCCGAGGGCCAUCGGUCUGUUGCGUUUAUGUGCUGUUUCCCUGCUGGUUUUGAUCCCUCAUCCAAGUUAGGCAAGACUCUUGUCGAGAUCCAUGCUCCUGUGCCCUCGUAUGAGAAGAUUGGUACUAGUAUGGAGAGGUUUUUCUCCAAAGUAGAAGUAGGGAAGAGCGUUAAGCGGACAAACUGGUCUGUUCAAACACACACAGAACUGUUCAAUUGCAAGGGCAAUCACAUCACCGGCGAUGACGCUUACAAGAACGAUGAAGAUGUAGAUAUCGAAAAGACAUUCCUCCGCAUAGAGCUGCAGACUGUCACCCGUCUACCAAAGACACGUGCCAUCCUGUUCUCCUUCAAGACCUAUCUAUACCCAGUCCGCCAGGUCAAGGAGGAAGGCCUCGGUCCCGCUUUCGCUGACGCUAUCGAGGGUCUUGCUAAAGGCAACGCCCCAGGGAUGUGGACUUAUAAGAGCGCAGUGCGUUGGGGAAGCAGUGUGAUCGAAUAUCUUCGAUCGUAA